AUGGCGACAACCUCGAACUCCACAUCCAUGGGCACCAUUGUCUUUUAUGACAUCGGCCAUAGGCCCCCCGUAACUGAGUCGUGCUGCUCACCGAAUCCGUGGAAGACUCGCCUUGCGCUCAACUUCAAAGCUGUUCCGUACUCGACGUCGUGGGUUGCCAUGCCCGACAUCGCGAAAGUACGCCGCAGCCUGGGCGAGAGUGCCGGCCGCAAGUUUGCCGACGGUUCUGAUUUCUAUACCUUGCCUAUGAUCCAUGAUGAUGCCACUGGUUCUACAAUCAGCGACUCUUUUGACAUUGCUGUCUACCUGCAGCGUACAUAUCCCGACUCGGGCGCUGGCGACUUGUUUCCAGCUCAAACUCUCGACUUCACUUUUACGCCUCCCUUUGACCUGGCUGUGCCACUGUCAGAACGCGGAGAUGGUGGCUUUCCCGAGUAUUACCGAUUCAAUACAAACGUGGAUGCGGUAUUCACCACCCACACUCUGCUCAUGGUGAGCGGCAUGCCGCUUGAUCCAGCGACGAUUGAGCAAACCAAGGCUGAAUUUGUCCGUCGUGCCGGCGUCCGCUCCUGGGAUGAUUUCACCUUGACCAGCGAGGCGCGCGAGAAGCUCAUGGAAUCUUUUCAGAACGCACUGGGAGGCCUGGCCAAGCUGUUUCUCGAAAAUACUGAAGGCCCUUUCUUGUUAGGGCAGCGGGCCAGCUACGCGGACUUGAUUGUUGGCGCCUGGUUGCGAAUGGCAUAUGUAUGUUUGCCCAAAUCCGAGUGGGAGGAAGUGAAAUGCUGGCACGAUGGUGUUUUUGGGCGGCUGCAUGAUGCGCUGGAUACAUUCGCCGAGGUGAAAUAA